AAUCUCAAAACUUUCAUUUAAAUUUUUCUAUCCACUAAUUAAUUUACAAUUACUGGAAAACGUUUACUUUUUUUCCUUUUUACCCCCUUUUUUCCUUAACUGAAAUUGGCAAGGAAUAUUCCGCCGAAUGCUAAUUUCGAAUUUCAUGCUCUGAUGAAUUUGUUCGAUACUUGAAUUUCUGGGGUUGUGGGCGUAACCAGUUUAGGAUUUUCUGCGCCUUUUUCACUGUUCUAUGCUACUCAUUAGGAUCUGUUUUAGUUGCAAGGCAUGAACUUUUAUUGAUUAACAGGGUUUUAAGUGAGAGAGAAAAACCUUUGUUGAAUUCUCUAUUGUUCCCCUAAAGUUAAUUAGGUUUCUGAGGUGAAGUUUGUCUGAGUGAUUAAAGAUGAUAGCGGAGAAACCUAUUUGGAUUAAGCAUGGCACCUCUCAGAUAUUCUCCAUUGAUAUUCAGCCUGGUGGCCUCAGGUUUGCCACUGGUGGUGGUGACCAUAAGGUUCACAUUUGGAACACAAAAUAUGUUGGCAGAGAGAAGCAAAAUGAUGAUUCAGCUUCAAAGCUUCUUGCAACACUGCGGGAUCAUUUUGGGUCUGUUAACUGUGUUAGAUGGGCUAAGCACGGAAGGUAUAUUGCAUCUGGAUCAGAUGAUCAAGUUAUUCUAGUUCAUGAGCGGAAGCCUGGCUCGGGAACCACAGAGUUUGGCAGUGGAGAGCCGCCUGAUGUUGAGAACUGGAAAGUUGCGAUGACUUUGAGAGGUCACACUGCUGACGUGGUGGAUCUUAAUUGGUCUCCUGAUGACUCAACAUUGGCCAGUGGGAGUCUGGACAAUACCAUUCAUGUUUGGGACAUGAGUACCGGAAUCUGCACUGCAGUUCUUCGUGGUCAUUCUAGUCUUGUAAAAGGUGUAGCCUGGGAUCCUAUUGGGUCAUUUAUAGCUAGUCAAUCGGAUGACAAGACUGUCAUAAUAUGGCGAACAAGUGAUUGGAGCCUUGCUCAUAGAACUGAUGGUCACUGGGCUAAAUCUCUUGGUUCCACCUUCUUCAGACGGCUUGGCUGGUCACCGUGCGGUCAUUUUAUAACUACUACGCAUGGUUUUCAGAAGCCCAGGCAUUCAGCACCUGUUCUCGAGAGAGGGGAAUGGUCUGCCACGUUUGACUUUUUAGGACAUAGUGCACCAAUCAUUGUUGCUAAGUUCAAUCAUUCAAUGUUUAGGAGGACUCAGUCCAAUUCCGAGGACUUAAAAACUUCAUUGGUUGGUUGGAGCAAUGGUUCCUCAAAGGUUGAAGGAAAAGAUUUACAGCCAUAUAAUGUUAUUGCAAUAGGAAGUCAGGACCGCACCAUAACUGUGUGGACUACAGUUAGUCCUAGACCUCUUUUUGUGGCUAAGCAUUUCUUCGCUCAAAGUGUGGUGGACCUCACCUGGAGCCCUGACGGGUACUCAAUAUUUGCCUGUUCCUUGGAUGGGACAGUGGCGACAUUCCAUUUUGAUGUGAGUGAAAUCGGAUAUAAAUUAACUGAUGCUGAACUAGAUGAUUUUAAGAGGAAUCGCUAUGGCAAUGCCAGAGGUCGUCAGGGGAACUUAGCUGAGACUCCAGCUCAGUUAUUGCUUGAAGCUGCAUCUGUGAAGCAAACUCUGAGUAAAAAGACACAUACAAUUGUUCCAGAGACUCAGGCAUCUUUGAGACCUUCUGUUGAUUUAGGGGUUACUAAAAAAGUUAAUAAGACUGUUGUAAAUGAUAGAAAGAAAACUGAUGAUGCUAUGGGUGAUGUGUCGAACAAGGUGGUCUCCGCUCGGAUGUCAAGUCCUGUAAAGCAGAAAGAAUAUAGACGCCCUGAUGGUCGGAAAAGGAUAAUACCAGAAGCAGUUGGUGUUACUAUCCAUCACGAGGGAACAUCUAUUGGUGAUCACUCAGAAGGUUUUCAGUUAGCUGUGAAUUCUUUAGAUCAUAACAAGGAUAAUAAUGUAGUGAUACAUAGUGGUAAUGGUUCUCAAGAAGGGUCAAUAAGAAAGGUUAUAGGUGGGAGUGCUGAUCUAAGAGAGCGUUCUGGUCUCACUGCUAGAGCAUCUAUUACUGAGAACUUGAUUAUUGAGAAGGUUUCAGCCUCUGGGAGUAAAGAAACAUGCACUAAUGUCGAGCAUGUUAGUCAACUACCUUCGGGUAGUAUUCUUUCAAUACGAGUAUUUGAAAAGAAACAAGGGGAAGAUGCAAUUUGCUUAGAAGCCCAUCCUAGAGAGCAUGCAGUUAAUGACGUUGUGGGAGCAGGAAACGCUUUAAUGAUCAGAGAAACAGAACUUUCUUGUACACGAGGCUCUCAGAAUCUUUGGUCUGAUAGGAUCUCUGGGAAGGUCACUGUCUUGUCUGGAAAUUCGAACUUCUGGGCUGUUGGUUGUGAAGAUGGAUCACUCCAGGUUUACACAAGAUGUGGGAGGCGUGCCAUGCCAACCCUGAUGAUGGGUUCUGGGGCAGUAUUUAUUGAUUGUGAUGAAUUCUGGAAGUUGUUAGUUGUCACAAGGAAGGCGUCCUUGUAUGUUUGGGAUCUUUUCAACAAGACAUGUUUACUUCAGGAUUCCUUAGCUUCACUGGUAACUACAGACCUCAAAUCCGAAGCUGGUGCUGUCAAAGUUAUAUCUGCAAAACUAUCCAAAUCCGGAUCUCCCCUUGUUGUCUUGGCUACACGCCAUGCAUAUCUAUUUGACAUGAGUCUUAAAUGUUGGCUGAGAGUGGCAGAUGAUUGUUUUCCUGCAUCAAAUUUCUCUAGUUCCUGGACCCUAGGUUCGGCACUAGGUGGUGAGCUGGCUGCGUUACAGGUUGAUGUCCGGAAAUAUCUGGCACGGAAACCAGGGUGGAGCAGAGUGACUGAUGAUGGAAUGCAAACACGAGCUCAUUUGGAAGCUCAGCUGGCAUCUGCUUUGGCUUUGAACUCUCCCAAUGAAUAUCGUCAAUGUCUUCUGUCGUAUGUUCGCUUUUUAGCAAGAGAGGCGGAUGAUUCCCGUCUAAGAGAAGUUUGUGAGAACUUUCUUGGACCUCCCAUUGGAAUGGCUGAAUCUGGAUCGGAUGCGAAAUCACCGGUGUGGGACCCUUCUAUUCUUGGUAUGAAUAAGCACAAGCUUCUCUGUGAAGACAUUCUUCCCGCUAUGGCAUCCAACAGGAAAGUCCAACGGUUACUCAACGAGUUCAUGGAUCUCCUUUCUGAAUACGCCACCAUUGAGACAAACUCUGAGCAGAAGAAUCCACCACAACCGACUUCACCAUCCCAGCCCACAAAAGAUGCAAUGGAUUCCAACUCUCCUACAAUAGAGAGAGAAGAUUGUUAUCCAGCGGCAACUCGAGAGAAUGUUCUUGGGCCAGCUGCUACCACAGCGGAUCCUACUCUACAGGAUACUGAUGAAAUGGAUGUUGUGACAAUGACAAGAGAAUCUCAAGCAGAUUCUGUUCAAACUAUGUCACAAACAACAGAUCAAAUGAAUAUCGACAUACCUGUCCCAGAUAAAGUGGAAAAUGCUGCCCCAUCUGCAAAACAGGACUCUUGAUCUUGGCUUCAAAACGUCCGUUUGUGCUGUGACCAAAUACUAAAUCAUAAUGUCGACCACCUGUCUUUAUCUGCUCUUCUCGCAGAUCUCAGAAUUUUGCACUGACUCGUGUUGUAGAUCAUGGUGAUUAUCUGCUCUUGAUCUACAAGAGCUUCUGCAUUUGAAGCUCCAGCUGAUUGAGGUACUUGAGAAGUUCGUCUUCAUUAUUCUAGUUUCUUCUAAUUGUUAUACAUCCAACUAAUUUUUUUGAUUGCGUUAGGAUUCCCCCAUUUUCAAGUAGGUUGUAAAGUAAAUUCUACUCUAAAUCUUGCCGCGAGUGUGAUGUCUCUGAAACGCAUAAUUUUUGCUGAUUAAGUCGUCCUCCCUGCGACAAGGGAAGCAGAAGCAUUCGAGCUCCAUCAGAGCUCGACUGCUUCUGCAAGUAACCUAAGUA